ACACUCUGAAUUAGGGUAACGUAUGCUUAUUUUUGUAUAUUUCUGAAACACUCUAUCAACAAUGUAAAUGUGAAAACCUCAAGUAAAUGCUAAAAAAAAAUAAGGAUUACAAAUUUAUCAUUCUUCUUAUUAUUUAUUUUACAAUAUUUUUGCUAAUUUCAUUUUUGUAUGUGGUAUCUGCAACGUCCCCUUUAUGUUUGCGUCCAAACGUGUGUUGAUGCCUGCAGACUGCGCUGCUUCUGCCUUAACAAGUAACUCCCGUCCCUCUCCUCUCGUUUCUCUUUCCCUUUAUUUUGUAUCUCCUGGGUGUGUACUUGUUCCAACUCAAACAGGCUUCGUGGGAACUUUGUUGUCAUUGGCCAACUCAUAGAUCAGCUGCUGCAGCACGACAGUUUCUGCGGCACACUGCGUGCGCAGCUCAUUUGCGACCUUAAUUAAAGGCCCGUGUACCGCAGCAUGCAUUGAGUCUCCACGGGUACCUUUAAAAAGUGCGAACGCAUACCUGGUGCUUCUGCGUUCCUUUCUCAGAAACACAGCAGGAUUGGGCUUGUGCGUUUGGGGGAUAAAAAAUGGCCGCUCCGGGGUGAUAGAGGGCAUGAACCAGAGAACAGGUCUUUGCCUCUGAGAGACGAAGGUGCCAUAAAAAUUCCAGAAGGGAGAAAAAAAAAAAAAAACACAUACGUGGAGCUUUGGCCGCUGCAUGCAUGUCCGGCAUUAUGGAGGCUUCUGCGCCUUCGUGCAUAAGGCUCUGACCUCAUUCCCUGGUUUAUCUUAUGUUUUAUAAUAUAAACUGAAGCAGAUUUAUUCAGUUGCGAAACGUUACGCCUAAAAGAGUGAUCCUAAAGCUUUGUACAACUAAAAACUACAACUAAUAAGAAAGAAUGGAAACUUUAUGGUUGUUUAACUUUUUUCCCACUCUUCAGAUUCAUAUUUCGAACCAGCCAUCUGGGCAACGUUGAUUAAAAAUGCGAUUAUGAACCACUGAUCCCCGUUAUUUUCUAUUAUUAUCGUUUAUUAUUUUUAUUCGUGUUCAUUUUUUCUUUAGCAAUAUUUGGAAAACUUUCCUAAUUUAAAACCACAGAUUGCCUCAAAAUCAUUUACAUAUUUAUUUCCCAAUCGUUUCUCAGCCCUCCUCUCAUUGUUUCCUUGAGGUCGAGAACAAAGCUCGGCUCCCUUUAGUUUCUCAUAUGAGAAAACUGAAAUGCUCUUUUCUGCCUCAGAUGACAUCUCGCACACAUUUAGAAGUGUAACUUUGCUGGAGGACGGAGUCUUUAAAAGUCAGAAUGACGGAGGAGUCGCCUCUAAAUAACCAAAAUGAGGUCGGGCUAUGUGCGAAAAAAAAAGGCCCAGAAUAGCCGUGAUCUAAAGUGUCUGCUACUUUGUAUUGCCCCAUUCGAACCUGCCUAUAAACUGUAUUUCUGUGCUCAUAUAAAGCCUGUAUGUGUGGAUAUUAAUUUUGCCAAAGUGGCACUAACAGCAGGCUCUGAACACCAGGCUCGGUUGCAUUAUUUGAUAAUGUGUGCGUGAUGUUCUGAGCUUCAAUCUCCUCGCCCAACAUUUACUCAUCAGUAUUUGUCCCAUGAAGUCGUUCACUUAUUUUACGAGUAAAGAAAGAAAAAGUGCGAAAGAGCGCGGCCCUGUUUGAAUGGGCUUUUAUUCUAUUAACUGAGCCUAUUUACAGCCAUCUCCCAGCACAACGUGCAGAGCCGAUUCUGAUCGAGUUAUUCUUGUACACUCUCUACAAUCUCUGGAGAUUGCGCUCUCAGCAUGUCACUUGUUGUAUUGUUUGGGAGACCUCUUUCUUUGCCGCAAUGGUCGUUAACCUCCGAAUGACCCCCGUGUGUGGAGCCCACGCCUCAGAAAAGCGCCGCAGACAGUCAGUGCAACGGUUGCGCCAGAGGAUGGCGCAGCACGACAGUGGAAAAACGCCUCGCAUAGCCGAGAGCGCAUGGCAGGGGAGGCGCGCACUCCCUCCCAUCCCACGCGAGUGUUUCCUGCUUGCACGAGUUUACCUCUGGAGGUCACCAGACAGGAUUUACGACUGGUCAACAAAAGCACGUGAUUCUGCCUCGUACCCCAUAUUUGGGUGCCUACGUAAGAGAGAAUCAAGUCCAUGUCCCACUCUCAUUUCCAUAAUUCAUCAUAAAUUGUGCAAGGGUGCAAUAGGACGCGCUAAAGCAUAAGAGCCACAAAUCAAGGAGCUGCAGGUUUAUGCUGUUUACUUCCCCUAAAAUAAUCACAAAACAACAGCAAUACCUGCAGCGGACAAAGGGUGGAACUGUCAACAAAUGAGCUCCUAUUUUGUGAACUCAUUCUGCGGUCGCUAUCCCAAUGGCGCGGACUUUCAGUUACAUAAUUAUGGAGAACAUAAUACCGCGAACGAGCAAUACAGAGACUCCACGGCCAUGCAUUCCGGCAGGUACGGCUAUGGUUACAACGGAAUGGACCUGACAGUCGGGCGGGCCGGUGGCGGACACUUUGUGGGCAGCGAGCGGACGCCGGGCUACUCCCCGACUCACACAGCGGCAGCAGCGGCGAGCCCUUCCGUGGAACCCGUCAGGUACAACCAGUCCACGGGUUGCAGCCAGAACUCGCCCCUGUCGCCUCCACCUGAGCCUCUACCGUGCUCCUCCUCCACGGUGGCCAGCUUGUCGCCGGGUGCCGAAACGCAACCCCAACUCAGAGCCGUGAAGAACUCCAUGAGCGGCGCCCAGUGCUCGGGCUCGAACGGUGGAGGCACACUGUUGCUGGGUCGGGACUGCGCGUCCAAGGCUUCCCCCCUGGAGGAAGAAAAGCCUGCGGGAAGCGCACCGACGACUCCUCAGAGCGCCAGCGAUUCGGCACAGCCUCAGAUAUACCCGUGGAUGAGAAAACUUCACAUAAGUCAUGAUUUGUCCGGACCGGAGGGGAAGCGAGCCCGAACCGCUUACACCCGCUACCAGACCCUGGAGCUGGAGAAGGAGUUCCACUUCAACCGGUACCUGACCCGCAGGCGGAGGAUCGAGAUCGCCCACGCCCUCUGCCUCUCUGAGAGACAGAUCAAAAUCUGGUUCCAGAACCGCCGGAUGAAGUGGAAGAAGGACAACAAGCUGAAGAGCAUGAGCAUGGCGGCUGCAGGCGGGGCAGCCUACAGGCCUUGAUGACCACUCACACCUCCUCUCAUAAAUACAUUGAAAUGAAAUAAACUAUUGAAAGUGUAAAAAGAAGAAAAAAAAAAACAACAAACAACAAACAAACUCGCAGAGACUUGUUAGCAGGGGGCUCUGAGCCACCCCACCUUCUGUAAAUGCCCCCAUUAACAUUAUAUUUCCUUUAUAUCCUCACCGUGUUAAUCAGUAUGCGAGUAAAAUGUGUAUUUCUGUACAGUUCUGUUUAGAUUUAGGGCAAAAAAGAAAGAAAUGUUUAAAUUAUUUCUUGUUCAGAAAGGAAAAAAAUCAAUAGCUUGAACCUGUCCAGUAAAAAAAAAAUCUGUGUGAUGCACUCAAAACAACAACAGCCUAAUAAGUACUAAAUAAAUAGAAGGUUUCUGUUUAGUUCUCUCUGCACAUGUGCUGUAUAUGUAUAUAUUUAUUUGUCUCAUGUGUUGUGCCAACUCGUCAGAAAAAAAAAAAAAAAAAAAACUCGCUUUCGAUAACCAGCAAAUAAGCGUUUUGUGUGCGUAAUUGUAUUGUGAACACAAGUGUAUGGACAGAGGUGCCGCCUCGCCCCUUUGUGUGUACAGUGGGGGGUGCCUUGUUUUCUUUAGUUUUUUUUUUUUUUUUUUUUUUUGCAGGAGAUUAUGUUUGACUUGCUCACCUGGGCGCAGCAUCGUUAACAAAAACGGAAAAAAAAAAAGCGUGUUUGUCCCUGUUUUGUUUUCUUCCAGUUUCUAUGCGGAAGGUCCCCACCUGUAUGACUUCAUCGUGAUGAGCUUUUUUGUAAAUGUUUUUUCAAAGACUGGAAAGAGGGGCAAAUAUAUGCUAGAAUAAUCAGAAGAAUGAGACUGAUGCUCAUGUUGAUGAUGGCUGUCAUGGCCGUGAUAAUAAACUUUUUACUGGAA